GAUUUCCAACUCCCAAACGUGUCAACAAGUAGCGUGGUACAAAUUUAAGGAGAAACGAACCCAGUCAACAAGAGUCUUGAGAGCAGAGAGAAACAAAGCUAAGCCAUCUUUGAUCUUGGGUUUCAUCUCUUCUCAGGAAAGCUUAGAGAGAGAAAGGGAGAGAUGACGGGAGUGGUGAUGAUAACGAAGAGUGUUGGUUGCAGAGGAGAAGAGGGUGAUGGGAAGGGAGCAAGAUCAGAUGAAGAGGAACAAAACCAGCAAAACCAGCUCUCCAUCUUCGCCUUACUCAUAUCAGCUCUGAGGAGAUCUGUGGUCGCUUGCCGUGUCGAUCGCAAUGAAGAUUCUGUUACCACCACGACCACCACCGUCCAUCAGAUGGAGAUUGGAUGGCCUACCAAUGUUCGUCACAUCGCCCAUGUCACCUUCGACCGCUUCAAUGGCUUCCUCGGCCUCCCCGUUGAGUUCGAGGUUGAGAUCCCCUGUCGAGUCCCCAGUGCCAGUGCUAGUGUAUUUGGUGUCUCUGCAGAAUCAAUGCAGUGCUCUUAUGAUUCCAAAGGGAAUAGUGUGCCUACUAUUCUCUUGCUUAUGCAGGAAAGGUUAUACACUCAAGCAGGUCUAAAGGCUGAAGGGAUAUUCAGGAUAAACCCAGAGAACAGCCAAGAGGAGCAUGUUAGGGACCAGCUGAACAGGGGUAUUGUACCAGAUGACAUUGAUGUACACUGUUUGGCCGGCCUGAUCAAGGCCUGGUUCCGAGAGCUGCCGGAGGGAGUUCUGGAUGGUCUUUCUCCAGAACAAGUUCUUCAAUGCAACACAGAAGAGGAGAGUGUGGAGCUGGUGAAGCAUCUCAUGCCAACUCAGUCUGCACUACUUAAUUGGGCAAUUGGUCUUAUGGCCGAUGUCGUCGAGGAAGAGGAAUCAAACAAGAUGAAUGCAAGAAACAUUGCAAUGGUCUUUGCACCAAACAUGACUCAGAUGUCUGAUCCAUUAACAGCUCUUAUGCAUGCUGUUCAAGUUAUGAACUUGCUCAAGACCUUGAUCGUAAAAACACUAAGGGAACGUGAGGAGACUGCAACAGGAGGAUACUCGCCCUUCUCAUCUCAUUCAUCUGGUCAGCACUCUGAUGAGGACUAUGACAGUCAACAAGAGAUGAUGGAUACAAGCUGUGAAUUGAGAGGGCCAACUUCAGAUUAUGAUGAUCAUGCCAACUACAGUCAUAGUAGUGAAGAUGAAGAUGAAGAUGAAGACAAGGAAGUAGACAAUUCAUCAAAUCAGAUUGAAGAGUCCUUCUUGAGGCAAUUGGAUGCGAAUGAAGAAACGCCCACACACGAUGGCCUCGAGGAAGACAAAGGAAACAUAGGAGUGGAGCACCUCAGUCAUGGUGGAUGUUCUUUCUUCAACACAGACUCUGCCUUUUCAUCUUCAAACAGUAAAUAUGGGAGUUCAGGCUUGAGUACAAGCGAUGUAGAGGACUCUGGGAUAAGUGAGAUCUCUAUGGGUGAGUUGAGCAGUACAAAGGCCAUUUUGGAAUGUUGUCAAGAGACCCAAGACAGUAAAACCGUGGAAACAUUAGACAAGCAGAUGGAAUCCUCAUGCUCCAUUUCCUUGCCACUAAUUGUUUCUGGUGAAUCUGGGUGACUAAAGCUUUGCCUCUUGUGAUUGGGUAAAGUUUUAUACAGGUUUCGAUUUGCUCCUCAGCUAUUGCUGCAUCUGUAAAUUGUACACUUCAUUCGUCAGGCCUCCAUCUAACAUUUUGAUUGAGAGUGGUUUGUGGUGGAUUUGCAUGGGCAGACCUGGUUCAGUUCUGGGCUGAUUUUGUGCAUGUUAUUCCUCAGUGUGACAGGAUUUCUGUUUGAAGCCUCUACUUCAUGUUCACUAUAUCCAUAUCAAAGAUGUAAUUUACAACGGUUGAGUGGUCUGUCUGUGGUUCAGUUUUGGCUGAACACUUGCUUGUGUGUUGUCUAUUUCAAUUGUAAGGUCCAAAAAUUGUUUCUUGAGGUGGAUGAGGCUGAUUUAAGAGCCUCUUCUUCA